UGUCAGAAAACCAGAGGGUAUGAUAACAAUUCUGACAAAUUAAAACAAAAAGAGCAGAAGAAAACGCACAAAGAUAAAAAUCUGUAUUCAUGUACGAUGUGUGAUAAAUUGUUUUCUCAAAAGACUCACUUGAUCUACCACAUGAGAACGCACACAGGUGAGAAGCCUUUCUCAUGCAAGUUUUGUGGAAAAUGUUUCAGUCGAGAAAGUAUUGUGAACAAUCACCUGAGAAUCCACACAGGCGAAAAGCCCUUCUCAUGUCUGACCUGUGGAAAAAGUUUCACUCUCAAACAUAAGUUGACGGAUCACAUGAGAAUUCACACAGGUGAGAAACCGUUUCCGUGCAACGCUUGUGAUAAAUCUUUUAAUCUAAAAAGCAAUCUGAAGCAGCACCUGAGAAUCCACACGGGCGAGAAGCCUUUCUCAUGUGUGACCUGCGGUAAAAGUUUCAGUCAAAGAAGUCAAGUAACGCUUCACAUGAGAAGUCACACGGGUGACCGACCUUUUUCAUGCGUGACCUGUGGGAAAAGUUACAGCCACAAAGGUCACCUAACUGAUCACAUGAGAACUCACACAGGGGAGAAGCCAUUUUCAUGUCUGACAUGUGGAAAAAGUUACAGUCAGAAAGGCCAUUUGACAGUUCACAUGCGAAUUCACACAGGUGAGAGGCCAAAACCUUUCUCAUGUGACAUCUGUAAAAAGUGUUUUGCUUUCAAAUCUGCUUUUGAUGCUCACAUGAGAACUCAUACGGGUGAAAAGCCGUUUUCAUGUGUGAACUGUGGAAAAAGUUUUAGUCAAAAACGGGAUUUAACUCUGCACAUGAUGAUUCACACUGGUGAAAAGCCGUUUUCAUGUGUGAACUGUGGAAAAAGUUUUAGUCAAAAACGGGAUUUAACUCGGCACAUGAUGAUUCACACUGGUGAAAAGCCGUUUUCAUGUGUGAAAUGUGUGAAAGGUUUUAGUCACAAACAGGUUUUAACUCAGCACAUGAUGAUUCACACUGGUGAAAAGCCGUUUUCAUGUGUGAAAUGUGGAAAAAGUUUUAGUCAAAAACAGCAUUUAACUCGGCACAUGAUGAUUCACACUGGUGAAAAGCCGUUUUCAUGUGUGAACUGUGGAAAAGGUUUUAGUCGAAAACUUAGUUUAACUGAACACAUGAUGAUUCACACUGGUGAAAAGCCGUUUUCAUGUGUGACCUGUGGAAAAGGUUUUUGUCAAAAACAGGUUUUAACUCAGCACAUGAAGAUUCACACUGGUGAAAAGCCGUUUUCAUGUGUGACCUGUGGAAAAGGUUUUUGUCAAAAACAGGUUUUAACUCAGCACAUGAAGAUUCACACUGGUGAAAAGCCGUUUUCAUGUGUGACCUGUGGAAAAGGUUUUUGUCAAAAACAGGUUUUAACUCAGCACAUGAUGAUUCACACUGGUGAAAAGCCGUUUUCAUGUGUGACCUGUGGAAAAAGUUUUGGUUAUAAACUGGCUUUAACUCGGCACAUGAUGAUUCACACUGGUGAAAAGCCGUUUUCAUGUGUGAACUGUGGAAAAAGUUUUAGUGAUAAACAGCAUUUAAGUCGGCACAUGAUGAUUCACACUGGUGAAAAACCAUUUUCAUGUGUGACCUGUGGAGAAAGUUUUCGUCACAAGGUGAGUUUAAUUCACCACUUGAGGCGUCACACAGGUGAAAAGCAGUAGAAGUAUUUUCCAUACAUGUCCUAUGUUGAGGUUCACUAUAGAACUGAUUUGGUUUAAAACUAGAAUGAAAGACUGGAGGGGUUUCAUGUCUAUAAAGCUGAAAAUUGUUGUAUUUGUUAAAU